AUAUUUACUACAAUUUUAGACAACCGUGGCAUUUGCCAUGACAAACAAAAUUUUUAGCCGAUUGUGUUAGCAUUGCAGAAAAGAAAAAACAGCAGAAUAAAAGUAAAAUAAAUUCUAAUUUUUCAAUAAUAAUUGUUUAAAAUACACAAAGGAAAAAUGGGUCAAAAUCAAUCGGCUCAAGGGGGAUCUGGUGAUAAAAAAGAUGACAAAGACAAAAAGAAGAAGUACGAGCCUCCAAUCCCAACUCGUGUGGGCAAAAAGAAGAAGCGUGCAAAGGGUCCUGAUGCGGCUAUGAAAUUGCCCCAAGUGACUCCUCAUACGCGAUGCCGUUUGAAGCUAUUAAAAUUGGAACGCAUCAAGGAUUAUCUGAUGAUGGAGGAGGAAUUCAUACGCAACCAGGAACGCCUCAAGCCCCAGGAUGAGAAAAAUGAAGAAGAACGUUCCAAGGUCGACGAUUUGAGAGGCACACCCAUGUCGGUUGGUAAUUUGGAAGAGAUUAUUGACGAUAAUCAUGCCAUAGUAUCGACCAGUGUGGGUUCGGAACAUUAUGUUAGUAUAUUGUCAUUUGUUGAUAAAGAUCAACUCGAGCCUGGUUGCUCGGUGUUGUUGAAUCACAAAGUUCAUGCUGUAGUCGGUGUUCUCAGUGAUGACACAGAUCCCAUGGUGACCGUAAUGAAGUUAGAAAAGGCUCCGCAGGAAACUUAUGCUGAUAUUGGUGGUUUGGAUACUCAAAUUCAAGAAAUUAAGGAAUCGGUGGAACUACCUUUAACACAUCCAGAGUAUUAUGAAGAAAUGGGAAUAAAGCCACCCAAGGGUGUUAUUUUAUAUGGACCACCCGGAACUGGCAAAACACUUUUGGCAAAAGCAGUCGCUAACCAGACGUCUGCUACGUUUUUGCGCGUUGUAGGCUCUGAAUUAAUUCAAAAAUAUUUAGGUGAUGGACCAAAAUUAGUCAGGGAACUUUUCCGUGUCGCCGAAGAACAUGCUCCUUCCAUUGUAUUCAUUGAUGAAAUUGAUGCUGUAGGUACUAAACGUUACGAUUCCAAUUCGGGUGGUGAAAGAGAAAUUCAAAGAACUAUGUUGGAAUUGUUGAAUCAAUUGGACGGUUUUGAUUCCAGAGGAGAUGUGAAGGUUAUUAUGGCCACAAACCGUAUCGAAACUUUGGAUCCUGCUCUUAUUCGUCCCGGUCGUAUUGAUCGUAAAAUAGAAUUUCCCCUGCCCGAUGAAAAAACCAAACGUCGCAUUUUCAAUAUUCAUACAUCACGUAUGACCUUAGCCGAAGAUGUCAACCUCAGCGAAUUAAUCAUGGCCAAGGAUGAUUUAUCUGGUGCCGACAUCAAAGCUAUAUGCACUGAAGCUGGUUUAAUGGCUCUUCGUGAAAGACGUAUGAAAGUUACUAACGAGGACUUUAAAAAAUCUAAGGAAAGUGUUUUGUACCGGAAAAAAGAGGGCACUCCCGAAGGUCUUUAUUUAUAAAUCAUUAUUAUAUAAUAUUACAUUUACAAUUUAAUAAAACGAAAACAAAAAGAUCUUAAAUAAGAACUUUUUACAUAAAAUCUGUAUGCGACUGCACUUUCAAUAAAUCUGUUGCCUUGGGCAAUUCUUGUGUGAACUUUUCCAUUA